AUGGCCAACCUGGCGUCGCAUAUGACGCCGCGCAUGGACGAUCGCCCCGCAUUCGUUGCGCGGCCGGGCGAGCCCGAGGACGUGCAAGAAUUCCCCGACGUUUCGGGCAUCUCGACCAAGAUCUACCACCAUCUUGGCGUCGACACGCCCUUCGACCCGCAGCACCGUCUGGUCACCUCGUACAUCCUCCCCAUCCCUGCGCUGUCGAUCUUCCGCAUUGUGGUGACGAUCUACAUGCUCUUUACCGCGUUUGUCACUGCGGUGCAGGAGGGGAUCGGGACCAUCACGUACUUCACCAGUCUGAGCUACUGGGGUGACUGCGCGUACUUUUUCGUGUCGGCGAUCCACACGUGUACGUUCUGGUACUCGCUAUCGCGAUGGAACAAGGCAAGGCUCGCCAGCCGUGGACAGGGGGCGGGGCGGAUCGAGAUGCUCGAAAAGGCGUAUCCGCGCAACGGCGUGGGGCGCAUCGAUGUAGCGCGCAGCAAGGCGGCCAUCGACGCCUUUGGCACCCAGCUGCACCACAGCAUCGAGUCGGAACUCGCCUACUCGCGACGCACCGAGUUCGAGAUCGGUAGCAGGUACCCAAGGUCGUGGCUCAGCAAGUCGUUCUCGAGGCCGCUUCAGGUUUGUCAUACGCUGCUCGUGUCGACGGUCUCGUCGUACCCGCUCGUUGUCAUGGUCAUCUUCUGGACCGUACUCAAGGGUCCUGCUCCGCUCGGAGACUCGUACUCGGCUUUUGCGAAUAUCGGCAAGCAUACGCUCAACUGGGCACUGACGAUGCUCGAUCUGGUCGUGCUCUCGCGCACGCCCCUGCGGCCCUGGUGGCAUCUCGUGCCCAUCCUCGCCUUCCUCGGCCUCUACCUGGGCAUCGUCGAUAUCACCUUCAAGAGGUAUGGCGUGUGGGUGUACGGCUUCUUCAACGUGCAGCAGUUUGGUGUGCCGUUGGUGGUGUUCUUCUGCCUCCUGCUCGCCGUGUUUGCAGUCGUGUCGCUGCUCAUCACGCAGCUGCUGAUGCUCUUGCGCGAAGUCGUGGCUGCAAAGGUGCAGAAGAGUGGCGGGUGGGGAAGUGCCAAGGCUGUGGGUGUGCCCGAUGAUGCCUGCAUCCCCACCCGUCGUGGUCCAGGACCCCUGGGUGGAGGCGGAAAGAGGACCAAGCCCGGCCACGAUAUCAUCCACCUCCGUGGCAGAUUCCCCUCAAACGCUCUCGUGGGAGAUAGGUCUAGCGGUAUCGUGGUCGACGAUGUCCAGAUCCACGCUCUCUCGAUGGUGGGCUCGGAACUCAAUGUGGACGAAGUCAAGACGCCCAUUUCGCGCUCCACGCGCCCGUCGAUUCGGUUCGAGGGCGAUGAUCACGCCCUGGCACCUUCGCGCAGCAGAAGCCGCCAGGCCGACCUGCCCAAUGCAGACGCCUCGUCGAGCGAAGCUCACCUCUUCCGACUGAUCAACUGGCGCGCCGAGGAAAACCCCUUUGCCUCCAACGAUCGCAUCCUCUAA